UCUUACGCCGUCGCAGAAUUUAUUCAGGAAAUACCGAGAUACGUGCGAUUGCAUCACGUAAACCUGGUGACCGCUUUUUACGCCGCUUAAGGGAAUCACAUUCGACUUGGGCUCGGCAAGAAAUUUGCCCUCUCUAAGUGGAGCAAAAGUUUAUAAAACCGAGGACUGCAAGUGACGCGACUCUAGUUUGGUCCAGAACUUCUCAUCUAUUGGUCCUGGUACAAUUUGACGGAAAGAAAAUCAUGCUCAGAUUAUUGAUACCGUGCCUAAUAUGGCUGUCAACGGUGCGUUCGGAAACUGGGAUGCAGAUGAAUAUGCCGGAUGGGCCGCUGAUGGACAGAACAUUGGACACUUCGAUGCUAAAGGCAAAGAGAGGUUCUAUUCAUCAACCUUGCGAUUCAAUUUAUUCGCACAUUCCUGCUUAUUCGCCGCCGUCCGUUUACGUUAAACCUUUGGUUCAGCCGACUUAUCUGAAGAAGGAAUUGGGGAUAGCUCAACCAUUAGCUCAUUUGCAGUACAUUCAACAGCCGCCUGCUUAUACCUCUAUUAAACCGGCUAUCACAUAUGUGAAGCCGGUGACACCUGCGUUAAAUUAUCACACGGUACAUCAACCGAUACAGUACAUCAAGCCCGUGACGCCCAUCCAGAAGCCUAUACUGUCAUAUGCGCCAAUCUAUCAGAAACCCUUGUACCCUUAUGCACCCAUGUAUCACGAUGCGAUGCCGAAAGUCUUUCUCAAAAAGUAUGAUGCGCCUGUCGCUCAAAUCACCUAUGAGAAGCCUUUGGUCCACACUCCCGUACCGUAUGCAGCACCGAAAAUAGUGCAGAUACAAGCGCCGCAAUUGUCUUACGCCAAACCCGUGGUUCAUAUUCCAUCACCUUUAUAUACCCCACAACCCGUUCACAAUUCUGUCAUAGUUAAACCGGAUUGUGUAUAGAUCGUUCGAUCGCGCGCAAUGUAAAAUAAAGCAGAAUGUAAAAACUUUUAAAUAUUCAGCAUUUUCAUUUGUCAUUUUUUUUUACAUA